GCAAGACUGACCACUCUAUUACAGAUUAUUUUACUUUAUUUAUGAUCCUUUCAUUUUUUAUCUUUAGAUGAAUUUUUGUUGAUCUUUGGCCGCUUAUUUUGUCCUCUUUUCACUGAUUUGGACUAUGGUAGAAGGAAUCACCGCUAUUAUCACCAUCAAUAAGAAGAAGAAAGAAGAGCACGAUGGCGGCUGGCUAUGAGAAAUUUGCGAUACCCGAGUCACGGGCUCAUGUAAAAGAACGCGCCCAGACAAGACUACCGCUGGAUCCCGGGUACUUCGCAGCCUGCAACGCCAGUGGCGAUUGCCCUGUCGACGACGCCAGACCCCGGUCUUGGCGCCAGUACGCCGUGUUCGUCUCGGCCGUGGCGCUGUCCACUCUGGCUCUGACGUUCGCGGUGCCUCGGUUGGUGCGUCGCCUGGCCAUGGGCUGUGCGUACCCCGACUGCCAGGACCCGGGCGCGGACAUCGCCCGCUCACUGAAGCAAGUGCACGUGGACCCGUGCCAGGACUUCUACGGCUACGUGUGCGCUGGAUGGCUGCAGGAGAACCCAGAUGCAGAAAACCACUUCGAGAGUCUGCAGCGUCGCGUGGCACUCGCCGCUGUCGUCAGCCUCGUCCUGGAAGAGAGCGAUGGGCCGAGUCCAGCGCAUCGUGUGGCCCGCCUCUUUCAACGCUGCGCUCAGGGUGCCUUCAACGAGCAGGACCGUCUGGACGAACUUCGUCAGUUCAUGGCGCGCUUCGACCUGGCGUGGCCAGUGUCAAAGCCCAGGACAAAGGAGAAGGUGCUUGACCUUCUGGUCGCCUUCUCCCUGGACUGGGGUCUGCCGGUACUGUUCCAGCUUACCGUGGAUGCGCAUUUUCGGCGGCCAGGCUACCGUGCCCUCCACCUAGGCUCAAGUCCGUACGUUACCGAAUGGGUCGUUGUCCGAGACAGGCUGCACGCUCAAGGAAUGCUGCUCGCCUACUUCGACAAAGCCUCCCACGUCCUCUCUGGCGCCCCCGCCGAUAGAGGCACAGUCCAAAAUAUCCUCGCGGUGGACAACCGUGUCCUCUCGGCUAUGGUGUCCUCGACGUUCGAAAUCCGCACGGACACGGAUAUGCGGUACAUUUCGCUAAGCCAGCUUGACGAAGUGACUGGACCCGAACUUAACAGAAGUGAAUGGCUAGAGGCAGUAAACGCGCACUUGCCCGACCCUCUGGCACCGAGCAGCGAGAUGUUCGUGAUGAACUGGCAGCUACUCGUGCUAGUGGGCCAGCUCAUGGGCCAGGCCAGCCAGGACGUGGUGCCGCUGCUUGCCUACAUCACUUGGCACGUGAUUCGCGCCCUGGCGCCCAUGACGUCACAUCAGCUCGUUCGGGCGCAGUUCGGCGGCAGCCGCAUGGCGUCCACCAUCUACAUGCUAGGCCGCUGCUACGCGGAUGCCGACGCGGCGCUGCCGUAUGCCUUCGCGCACGUAUUCGCUCGCCGCUGGCUGCCACGUGACGCAGUGAGUGACGUGGCCGCCAUGGAAGAGAGCAUCCGCCGCGAGGCCAACGCCACCAUGAACUCGCUCCCCUGGAUGGAUGAGACGACGAAAGCCGUCGCGUUCGAGAAGCUCUCCACCCUCCGCGCCAUCGUGGGCCGGCCGGAGAACCUCGCGUCCGACCAGGCCCUACAACUGAUGUACCCGUACCUGAAUGCGAUGGGCAGCGCAGGCUCGUACCUGACUCUGAUGAACUCCGUCAGGACGGCGCAGUUACGGUACGCAAAGCGCUUUCUGAGCGCCAACGGCUCGACGGAGGGCGAUGUCAGCGUGCCGCUGACCGUGGUCAACGCCUUCUACCUGCCCCUUUACCACGUCAUGGUGAUCCCGGCGGCAAUCCUGCACCCGCCUUUUUACGUGGCCGGUUACCCGAAGUCCUACAACCUGGGUAGCCUGGGCCACGUGCUCGGUCACGAAAUGACGCACGCCUUCGACCCCGACACAGGACUGUACGACCGCAACGGCCAGCGCAGGGACUGGUGGACGGCCGGGUCGCGGGUGCAGUUUCAGAACCGGCUCGACUGCCUCCGGAAGAUGUACAACGCGAUGUCGUGGGCCGAAGGAAUCGCGCACGGAGACUACGCGCUCACCGAGAACUUCGCCGACUCCGGUGGUGUGCUCAAAGCGUACCGAGCGUACCGCGCGGUGAGAGCCGGCUCGCGACCAGCGGCUCCUGCGAGUCUGGCGGGCUUCACGGACGAGCAGCUGUUCUUUCUGAGCAGCUGCUUCAAGUGGUGCUCCAGGGAGGACAAGCAGGGUGCCGGAUCCUACUCCCCGCCGAGGCUGCGCUGUAAUGUCCCGCUUAUGAACAUGCGCGAGUUUGCUGAGGCGUUCGACUGUGCCUCGGGGAAUGCUAUGAGUCCCUCAACUCGCUGUGAUUUCAUGUGAAGAGCUCCUGUACUGCAUGCCUGUGUCAGCUGCAAAAAAACUUAUGAUGUCUGAAUGAAAUAUUAUGAUAGAGCGACGGUUACGCCAUACAUUUAGGACGCUAGAGAGUGAUGGUUUACGAUCAAUGAACUUUAAAUCAGACGA